AUGACCGUAAUAUACGGAAUGUUUAGAGUCUUUCUUUUGUUUAUGCUGAUAGUUGCACCUUACGGUGGUAUCCUUUUUCGUUCAUACCAAGUGAUUUACACGGAAAGCGUAACGGAGAGAAAUGGCGGAUGGACAUUAUUUGCUGGAGCUAUUGAGCUAAAACCAGUUCCAGAUACGGUUGAAAUAGUGGGAGAAUUGAUAGAUAGUCCUUUUAGCCAAAUCAUCAAUGGACAACCAAACUAUAUAAAAAUCAAUUUCAAUAACAAGGGCGAAGCAAAUUACACGCUUUAUAUUGUCCAAGCACGCUUGGUCAGUAUCGACGGUUCCGACAGCAUUGUGAAGAAUUUAACGACGUUAAAAUACAAUACUGUUGUUCCUGCAAUGGAAGAUAGCGAGAUUCGAUAUGUUUUCUAUAGUGAGAUGCAACCACAAGAAUUAACAUUGAUUGCUGAUCUCAUUUUCACCGACGAACAAGAGAAUAUGUAUAGUGGACUUGCCUACGCCAACAACGUAACUAUUGUCGAUCCAGAGCAAUCUAUUUUUGACUUACAACUUAUUUUCAUGUAUGCUAUUCUUCUCACUAUUGCUGGAGGUGUUGCAUAUCUCAUCAAAGAAACGUUUUUUGGAGGAUCAAAGAAAAAGAAAAGCAAAAAGCCAACUACUGAGAAGACAGAUAGUGGCACUACUGGCGCAUCAACAGGCACAACCAUGGAUUGGAUUCCCGAGCAUCAUUUGAAGAAGUCAAAGAGUUCAUCCAAAAAGAAAAAUUAA